AUGGCAAGACUUGAAGAGACUAUUAAAACAAUUGUUGAAUCGAUCGGUAAGGAUUUACCAGUUGGAAUUGAUCAAGAGGUGGUUGAACUCUUGGAGAAGGUCAAAUUUGAAUCAAGUAUUGGACUUGUGGAACCAAUACUUCCAUGUCCUGUCAAACAACAAGAAGCAGUUUCUGUACUGAAGGGAAUUGAAGGAAGUUUGGCAAAUUUACUUGGUAAGGAAAGAUUUGGUGAGCAAAAUGUCACAGUCAAUUUGGAUCGUGCCUUGAUGUACUUGAAUACUGUACUGUUUGCUGCCACUCCAGCUCUUAUGAAGAUUUUACCAAAUACUGAUUAUCAUGAUACAUUCAGUAAUGAAUAUCGAUUUGCAAGUACCAAUAUUUACAAAUGUAAGGAUGGUAAAUUCUAUCACUUGCAUGGUUCUUUGAAUGCUACACCAACUUUUGACAUGUUGGGAAUUCCACAUAAUCAAAAUCUCAAUGCAGCUGAAGCAUUUGCAUUUAUUCAAGAAAAGGUAUUGGAAUGGAACUCUUCUGAUAUUGAGAAAGUUUCAAAUGAACAAUACAAACAAGCAGGUGUUACUUGCUUGACGAGAGAGGAAUUUUUGGAAAGUGAACACGGACAAAUCAUUCAUGCAAAGCCAUUGUGGGAAGUUGAAAGUAUUUCAGAAGGAAAACCUCAGCCAAUUACUGGUACAAGAAAUAUUCUUGAUGGUGUUAAAGUUUUGAGUUUGGGGAGAGCUAUUGCAGGUCCUGUCAUUGGUCGUAAUUUAUCAGAAUAUGGAGCUCAAGUUUUGAAAGUUAUUGGACCACACAGUCCUGAUGGAAGUGCAUUCCAAUUGGAUAAUAUUGGACAAAAUUCAUGUUUUAUUGAUUUGAAAACUGAAGAAGGAAAAUCAAAACUGAGGGAGCUCAUUAAGGAGUGUGAUAUUUUCGUUCAAGGAUACAGACCAGGAGCUUUGGAAAAAUUAGGUUUUGGAUUCAAACAAGUAACAGAGAUGGUAAAGGAUCGUGGUUAUGGUAUUGUCUAUGUCUCUGAGAAUUGUUAUGGAAAUGAUGGUCCACUUUCAUACAGAUCUGGUUGGCAACAAAUUGCUGAUUGUGUCUCUGGUCUUGCUUGGAAACAAGGAAAGGCCUUAGGAUUGGAUGAACCAGUCUUGCCACUCUUACCAAUCUCAGACUAUUGCUGUGGAGUGAUGGGAACUUGUGGUGCUCUCGAUGGUCUUUGGAGAAGAUCCAAACAAGGAGGAUCCUAUCAUGUAACAACCUCUCUGACCAAGUACAAUGAUUGGGUUCAAGAUCUUGGUGAAUAUUCAGCUGAUGAGAUGAAGGAAUUGAAUGAGAAAUUUGGUGUCCCAUAUCGUCAUUUUGAUACAAUGGCUGCAUUGGCAACCAAGUCAUUGAUGGGAAUGAUUAAGAGAGCUCCACGUUUAUUGGAACAUCUUGGUUGUUUUGAAGAAACUCCAUUCAGUUAUCAACCUGUAAAAUAUCUGAAACCAGUUGUUCAAAUGAGUCAAACUGUUAAUCAAUUCUUAAUUCCUCCUCGUCCUCAUGGUUAUGAUAAGGCAGAAUAUCCAACUCUUUAA